CAGUGCAUUAUAUAGGUAUAAGCUGCUGCUACAUGCUCUUCAUUCUGCUGCUAGAGCAGGAAGCGCUGGAUGAAUAAACGAAACAAGUGAAUUAAGGAGGAGAGAGAGGAACAUCCUCUAAUGUGCAGUGGAGCAAAGAGGAGUAUGCCCGAGGAGAGGGAGAGGACUACCGAGGUGAUGCACUGAUAAACUGCAAAGCAGAAGACAAGGUUUCUACUGGAGGGAUAUCUGUAUGUACAUCAGGUCUACGAGGUGCUGAUUAAACUUUUGUUUAGCACCGACCCCCGCUGAGAAGCUCUCCGGAUCUCCACAUUGGAUCUUACACAAAAAACCCGAACGGGUGUUUUCACUGUGAUGGCAGCAGCAGCAGCUGAGGUUGGGAUCUUCAACGGAUUUCUGGACAGCUUUGCCUCCACGGGUGGCGCUCAUUUCGUUCUCACCCCAGCCGGCGCGGUGGAAUACAACUCCGUGAGCAGACUCAUGAUGGUGGGGGGCUCGGCGCAGCAGCAGCAGGAGCAGGAGCACCUGAUGUCAUCCGAACGCCUGUCCCGGAGCUUAGCGGACCUCAGCCACCUGAAGGGGAUUCUGAGGCGGCGGCAGCUCUACUGCAGGACUGGCUUCCACCUGGAAAUACACCCCGAUGGCACCGUGCAGGGAACCAGGAAGGACCACAGCAGAUUCGGUAUUUUGGAGUUCAUCAGUCUGGCUGUGGGCCUGGUCAGCAUCAGAGGUGUGGACAGUGGCCUCUACCUGGCCAUGAACAGCAAGGGAGAACUAUAUGGCUCGGAGAAGCUAUCAGCAGAGAGCGUUUUUCGGGAGCAAUUUGAAGAGAACUGGUAUAACACUUACUCAUCCAACAUUUAUAGGCAUGGAGAAAAAGGAGCGUUUUACUUUGUCGCCCUGAACAAAGACGGGACACCGCGGGAUGGCACAAGAUCGCGGCGGCAUCAGAGAUUCUCGCACUUCUUGCCGAGGCCUGUAGAUCCAGACAGAGUACCAGAACUAUACAGGGAUAUACUGGGCCAGAGCUGAGGCUGAACCAAUGUUGGCCAGAAACCGAACUCAUUCACGUGCCCCCUUUUUGUGGGCAAUGGAUGAUCCAAAAGGGAUCACAAUAAAUGCACCAGAUCCAAACCCCGGAUUGCUGGUACGGCGGAAGGAUAGCGACCCUUGCUGAACCAGUUGUUUAAGGGAGUUUGACAGAAAAGCACCAGGGAUCUUCUGUGGAUGAUGCAAAAGAAACAGAACCCCCCACCCCCAUUAUGCCUUUAUUGGCAUAUGCAGUGGCAUCAGCAGCCAAGAUGGAUUUCCCUUGAGUCUCCAACUACCUGCUUGUCCACAUCUGCAUGCUUAAGUGAGCAAAGACAAGUUUAUUAACGAGCAGCAGCUAGAAAUAGUUUUUGCUUUGCCUGCAAAAGCCUUUUCUACUUCAUUGUAGGCUCCUUUCUUUGAUGCUAAAUGCUUCUAAGGCUGCUAAGUAAACCACAAAAAUGUAUAAUCUGCUAUACAGUCUGGCUGGUUUACAGAAAAAGGUAGUUUUAUGCACUGGAAAGCAGCCAUGUUUGCUCUGUAUGGCGCUGACUGCUGAUGUUCAGAAAGCGGACUUGUGGAAUAAGAGAAAACGACCUGGUGACAAGCAGGACUUCUUCUACGGUGGAUGUGACCUCUCAUCCAUAGGACACAGUGAAGGAAUGAUGUUGUUUUCUCGCUGGUUGCAGUUAAACGAUGAGCACAGGAUUCACAAGGACUUAUAGACCUGUUGACAGAUUUUAAACUUAUUUAUGAGGCUCUAAUUCAUAGGACACAAAGUUUCAUAUUUAUUUCAUAUAUUUAUUUUGAGAAUAUAUUUUUACAGGUAUGACACAAAAUAAACCCAAAAACAUGAUCGAUUUUGCCGUUGUUUGAAUUUGUGUGCCGACUCUGCAUAUUCCUCUACAGUAGUUAUAACUGAAGGCGUCAUUGUCCAGUGAAAAGCAUGUACUGUAUCCCCAAGUUGUGUAGUUUGUCUUUUUAGUCAAAAUCAACAAAAAUCAAUAUUUGUUCUCAAAAAAUUUGGAGACACCAAAAUUAGAGAUACAAAAUAAUGUAUUUUCUUACUUUUCCAUAUAAAAAAAGUAAAUACAACUUUUAAAUAUUUGUUUUUUUAUUGGACAGUGAUGAUAAAUUGGACAAG